CGCCUGGCAGUUUCCGUUAAAUUGCGCUGAAGCUGAGUGUGAGACAAACUGCCGUUGUUUUCUUUACCGGACGUCAGCUUACUGGUCAGAAAACAAAAUGAAUUCGAUUCUCACUUCGUUUUGCCUGGCCGUCCUGCUGGUCGGCGUCAACUCAAUUCACAGCGCUCCGAAGGUGCAGGUGUACAGCAAGCUGCCUGGGCAGUUCGACCAGCCCAACGUUCUGCUGUGCUACGUGAGCAACUUCCACCCCCCUGACAUCAAGAUCACCUUGCUGAAGGACAAUGUGGAGAUGCCGCGCACCACACAGACCGACCUGGCCUUCGAGCAGUCCUGGCAGUUCCACCUGACCAAGAGCGUCCCCUUCACUCCUAAGGCCGGGGAGACGUACGCCUGCAGAGUGGAGCACCAAGGCAUUAAGAACACCUACAGCUGGGAGCCUGACAUGUAAUCCCGAGGAGAACCGAAGUGGAUCCAGAACAGCCUGGAACCACAAAUUUUACCAUGUCUGCUACUCUUGGAAAUCAUGAAAUUACUAUUCAAACACAAACCUGUCUCUAAAAUAGAAGUGGAUUUUCUAUAAUCAGAUUAAUGCAAUCCAAUCCUGUCAUUUUACUUCAAACUCUUUUAUUUUCUGUAUAAAUGUUGACUCAUUGCAGAAAGCUCUGCUUUCACUCGCUCUUUCAGACAGAAAAUGGUGGAAGAGUGCUGAAAUGGUAUGCCAGCCCUGUGAAUACUGAUAAACGCUCUCGUUGAUUUUCUUGACUGCAUUUGAGCAAUCAUCCAAGUACUUAACAAAAGGAAUCUUAUCAAAUUUGUAUUUCAAAGACAAAUGUCUCAACAAUGCCUCAAAAAAUAUAUAUGUGAUAUGUCAAAAGUGUCGUUAAACAACAACAACAAAAACCUUAUGCACUAUAUUUGUUCUGUUCUAGCACUAUUUUGGUGUAAUUUAUUUUGUGAUUGUCUGGCUAGAAACAUGGAAAAACCUGUUGGCUCAAAUGCAAACUUACUUUCAGGUUUUAGGACUACGAACUAAAACUUCCGCCUGCUUCGUGCUUUAAGGGAAUGCAAUAUCAAUGGCUCAUUUGUUUCUGUUGAAAAUACAUCAAUAGAAAGUCAAUAGUUCUGUAAUAGUACUAUGAAAUAAAUACAAUAAAUAAAAUUUCUUAAACACUG